UGGCAGGCAGGGACCUGCUGCUCGUCGUCAUCAUCAGCCUCCUCGAGAGCAUCCUCCUUAACGACGGUCAGGUCGCCGCCACCGCCCAGCUGCAGAUGCGCGAGGUUGCCAAAGGUCAGGGUGUGACCUUACUCGAGCUCUUCAAUCGCCUCAAGCAGGACAUUGGCAGCUUUCUUGGUGAGAUGAUUCACUCUGAGGCCAGCAAGCAGAGCCCUCUGCAACCGAUCGACAUACUGGAGAAGGUACAGGGGGUGUUCGGCUACAAGGAUCGCCAGACGUUUCUCACACAGAACCUGCAGUACAUUCUGCCGGUGCUCGUGCGCAAGGCGUCGACGACGGCGGCGGCGGCGACGCGCGCUAUUGCGCGCACGCUUGGCGUCAGCCGCCGCACGAUGUUCAUCAACCACUUCAAGUACAUCUUCUCCUACCUGGUGCGCAGCUGCACGAAGCAGGAGCUAGAGACCGCUCUGCAGUUCACAGAGUCUGAGACGGAAAUUGAGGUCGGUAGUCUACUGCGGCUGGACUACCAGCGCAUGCACAACGAGCUGUUACUGCACAUCUCUACGCACUACAACCAGGUCUACACAGGACUGGAGUUCCUCGCGUUGAAGGACCCGGCGUACACGGGCGCGCGAGACCUGCACACGCGCGAGCAGAUGGCAAACUUCCUGCAGCCGCGCCUCCUCGGCAUCCUCUCCUUCUUCGACUCGCAGCUUCUCACGCCGGGGACGUCACUCGACGAGAAGAAACUGGCGUUGAACAGUCUGGUGUCGAUCAUGCAGCUGAUGGGAGCGAAGCACGUGACGACCGUGCGCAUGAAGGUGAUGGCGACGCUGCGCAUAGCUCUCAAGUACCGCACAGAGGACUUCCCGCUGCUCUCCUGCCGCGCGUGGCACUGCUUCGUACGCAGCGUGGAGCUGCCGGCGCUCGGACCGAUGCUUGGACAGAUCGUCGUCACGCUGCUGCCGCUGCUACGCCGGCGCCCCCGCGAGGUCGCCGACAUCUUCACGUUCCUCAUCGUCGACCACCAGGGGGAGCUGUCGGAGCACCUGCACGAGCUGUACUUCCUGCCGGACGUGGCGGAGCUGCGGGCCGUGCAGGCCGUCGUCAAGCAGUACAACGACGACUUCUGGGAGAAGGCGGGUUUCGCAGCCCUGGUGCAGCGGUGCCUGAAGGCGAUCUCGCACGAGAAUGCUGACGUUAGACUCUUCGCGCUCACCCGCCUCAAGGAUCUGCUGCAACAAAACCAGGCGAAGCUCCACGAGAUGGUGGUCGGCAACGAGUCGGCCGACCCGGACGUGUCUCAGCUCGUCUCGUGUCUCGUCGUCGGCUGCCGCGACUCGAGCGGCCGCGCGCGAGCCAUGGUCGGCGAGUGUCUCGGCAUCCUUGGAGCGAUCGACCCCGGCAGACUGGACCUGAUGACGAACGACCCCAAGGAGGAUGCGAAGAAGUUUCAUGCGAGCGUUGACGACGAGGACUUUGCGUACGACCUGCUCACGGAGCUGGCCCGUGCCUUCUUCGCUUCUGCUGAUCACAAGGCUCACGUCUGCUCCUCGUUCGUGAUACAGAAGAUCUACGUUGCAUUAGACGAUUCGGACAGUGUGGCGGGUGUCAUGGCCACCGUUCAGGGAGAGCCGACGCUAGCGAUGCAGAUCCUCGCGCACAGUGCCGUCGCUCAGCUGCACGACGCGUCGACGGCGUGCUUCGAGCGAGCGAUCCAGCGGCAGCCGAACGACAUCUCGCACCACCAGGCGAAGGUGUGUGCGCUGCUGCAGCUCAGCCAGCCACACAGCGCACUGCUCUACGUCAACGGUCUGCUCGCACAGAGGCCGGAGUGGAAGAGCAGCCUGCACUCCUACCAGGUCGAGUCGGCAUGGAAACUGGCGAGCUGGGGUGCGCUCGAAUCGUACCUGCCGUCAGAUGGCGCUGUCGCUCAGUCGCACGGCUGGAGCGUGGGAAUCGGUCGAAUACUUCUGGCCGCUCGAAGCAAGAACGAGAAGGAAUUCAGCAAGCAGCUGGAGUUUGUGCGGAACGAGCAGAUGGGCCCCCUGUCCGCCGCUAGCAUGGAGGGAGGCUCGUACCAGCGCGGAUACGAGUACAUUGUCAGACGUUCGACGUCGGUGCGCACGCAGGAGCCACUGCUGAACCUGCAUCGCACAAUCCUGCAGCUGGCAGACGCCGGCGACUCCGCGAGACUCAACGCCGAGCUGGGCAAGAUCUGGCUGCGCAGCGCAAAGGUUGCGCGCAAAGAUGGUCACCUGCAAGCAGCCUAUAGUGCUCUCCUCAACGCUUCUGAGCUACAGUUGCUCCCCGUAUGCAAGGAGAGGGCAAAGUGGCUUUGGCAGAAGGGCGACAGGGAAGAGGCCAUCAUGACGCUGAAGAAGACUCUCAGCCGCAUGAAUAGCAACCCUUCCCUCGACGUAGACAAGAGGCUCCACGCGAAGAUGCUGCUGCUGCAAGGCCGCUACAGCGAGGAGUCGAGCAGCAUGGAGAGCAACGCGAUCAUGAAGCUCUACAAGGACGUGGUGGAGAUGAGCCCCGACUGGGAGGACGGACACUUCUGCCUCGCGCACUACUACGACCUGCUGCUCGCCCAGCUCGAGUCGCACGACCGCAAGGCAGACGUGCUGGCCUACAUUGUCAGAUUCUUUAGCAACUCGUUGCAACAUGGAAACAAGUAUAUUUACCAGUCGAUGCCGCGGAUGCUCAGUCUCUGGCUGGACUUUGGCGCGACGGUUGCCGAGCAACAGCAGAAGAAGCAGGAGAGCCAGGCGACGCAGAACAACCGCAGCAUGCUGACCUCCAUCAACAAGGUGGUGCAGGGUCUGCAGGACAAGCUGCCGGCGUAUCAGUUCCUCACGGCCUUCUCACAGCUCAUCUCACGCAUCUGCCACGCCCAUGCCGACGUCGUCAAGGUGCUGCAGGUGAGCGCGGUGAUCCCUCUCAACGAGGAGUGUGGCAUGCUGGAGUGGGUAAGCAACACACACGGCCUGAGACACGUGCUUCUGAAGCUCUACCGUGAAAGAAACAUUACGACGAGCGGACGGGAGCUGCAGGCGAUGGUACCACCGAAGUCUGCCUCCAUCGAGGAGAAGCUGGACGUGUACAAGAACAAGCUGCUUCCUCGCUAUCCGUCCGUGUUCAGCGACUGGUUUCUGAAGACGUUCCCCGACCCCACGACCUGGUACAUGGCGCGCACGUCGUACGCGCGCACGUCGGCCGUCAUGUCGAUGGUCGGCUACAUCGUCGGGCUCGGCGACCGCCACGGCGAGAACAUCCUCGUCGAGGCGACGUCCGGCGACUGCGUACACGUCGACUUCAACUGCCUCUUCAACAAGGGCGAGACGUUCGACUGGCCGGAGAAGGUGCCGUUCCGGCUCACGCACAACAUGGUCAACGCUCUGGGCCCGACGGGCUACGAGGGAAUCUUCCGUAAGUCGUGCGAGGGCACGAUGAAGGUCAUGCGGGAGCAGACGGACACGCUACUGAGCGUGCUGCGAACGUUCAUCUACGACCCGCUCGUCGAGUGGACCAAGCCCGCGCGCAAACACAAGAACAGCUCGACGGAGACGGGAGAGAUCCAAAACGCGCUGGCUCUGACUCAGAUCAAUGACAUUGAGAAGCGUCUGCAGGGAGUCAUCAAGACCAUUCGUAACAAGCCCUACGGUCUACCGCUGUCCGUCGAGGGUCAGGUCAACUAUCUCAUCCAGGAGUCGACGGAUGAGAGGAAUCUGGCACAGAUGUACGUGGGUUGGGCCGCCUACAUGUGAUGAGCCCCACAAUUCCCGCUCGUUCGUUGGCGCGACGUUAAGGUACGCUAACGUACCACGGACGCGUCGGUCCGCCUCUCCAACCGACAGCCAUGUGAAAACGCGAGUAACCUCAGGUUGAUUUGUAUUAUCAUUGAUUGCACGCGGUUGUAUUGUAGCUACUCAUUAUUAAUGUGAUACGAUGAUCUGUAAUGCGAACGCUUCUAAACAGCUGAAAAGGGAAUAACGUGUGAAGGUUACAAAGAUUGUAAAAGAAUGACGUAAGAUGACGAUUAAAAGAACAAAAUUAUUAAAAUCACGCAAGUCCCAGUUGUGGUGUGCGUGUGGUUUAUGGGAACAACUGAACAUUUCUGGCUUAGCAUGUUAUUAUAGCGUUAUUUUCGUAACGCGUUGUAUUUGUACUUUUUUUAAAACGUUUGAUUCCUAGAGUUCUUGUUAUAUCAAGCAUCUACAAAAUGUUUGAAUUGAAUAAUUGCACUAUUUCGUAUAUAAUAUGUGUACCGGUAUAUACUUUUGUACUAUAUAAUAAAUGUUU